AUGGACGACUUAGCAUCUCCGUCGACGAUGCCUCAUUUGCGUCAUCUGAAUCUCGACUAUGUACAUAAUCUUUCAAGCAAUUCUAGGAGCUUUCAGCAUAUUCUACAUAGAAAGGAAUUGAUUAAUCUGGAAGUUCGCCAUUGCAACGGGUUAUCAAAUGUGGAUUUGAUGAGGAUUUCAGAUUUUCUAGUCAAUUUACGAGUGCUAAACUUAUCGGAGAUCAAGUUUCUGAACGACAUCGUCUUGCGCUCGAUAGCUUUAUUAAAAUGUUUGGUUGAAUUGUUCAUAGCAUUCACUGCCGUAUCGGAUGACGGUAUCGGGAGUCUAGCCCAAACAGAAUCCCAGAUUGUUUUACUCGACAUUCGUGGAUGCCCUCGUGUUACUGGACAGAGCCUCAUCACAGUAUCGGGGAUGAAGAGUCUCCGAGAAAUUUGGAUUCUGCGGUACAUGGACGGUUGCGAGGCCGCGAGAUCGUUACUUAGAGAAAGUAACCCACGGUUGUUGAUAUUGGACGAGGUUGACCGUCAGAAAAUGGCCGUUCCACAGCACUUGGAUUUCUAUAGCAUUUACUUCGCGAAUGUAUUUGGAAAUCCUCCUAGCGAAGAAGUCGUUGUCGACAUGCGGUGA